CUUUGCCCGUCUGUCUCUAGCAUAUAUAUUUAUCAACAUUGAAGUUUGGUUACACCAUCAUUUUCAAAAUUUAGUCCAUCGGAAAACCAACAUUUUCUACUACUAUAUUUUUGACUCGUAUAAAGCAUGAUAUCUCCCAAUCCUACUAAAAUACUAAUUGGUAUCUCCCUUAAUGCCGACGUGAGCAAACAACUACUUUCGUUGGCGAUCCAACUUGCAGCUCGUCCCGAUGACACCAUAGUUGCCUUUCAUGCUCUUGUUGCAGCAAAUAAAAAGUCAUCAAAGAAGGUAGAAUCUACCAAGAAGAUAUCUAAUAGGACAAAGCUUCGCCUUACGAGAGCGUUUAUCAUAUCAAUUCUCGGAGAAUAUACCGAAGUAUGUCAAUCGAAGCAGGUGCAUUUAGAAGCCAAAGUUGGAACUAGUACAAGCGUCGUGAAAGGACUAAUUGAUGAAGCAACAUCGAUGAGGGCUACCUUUCUCAUUGUUGGAGGAGGCUCAAACAACCAAAACCCAUUAUCAUAUAGAAAUGCACUCGAAAUAUCAAAGUCUUGCUUGGAACACGCUCCUGAGGGUUGUUCCGUGCUAUCAAUACGACGAGCUCAGCGGAGUUUGGAGUUAGAGACUGAAGUCCCACCAAUUCAUGAAUUUCGCCGGUCGAGCUCGAGAUGGUCACUCCGAAGGCAUUUUGGAACGAAGUCUAUUACUAUAAACCAAAACGAGGCUAAAUUCCCAACUGAAAGCAUCUGGGAGAAGCCUUCACCCAGAGCUGUUCUUGAUGGACCAGAACAGGAAAUAACAUCUGAAAUAGAGGAAGAUGACUCUAGUCUUGGAUAUUCUAGCAUCAGCGGAUCUCCUCCACUGUCACAAACUUCGCGAGGUCGAUCCAAUAUUUGGAAAAAUUUAACAUCAUUCAGGCACAUAUUGUCAUUUCGCCGACCUUCGUUUGAUGGAAGUAAGAGCUGUUCUCACAGAGAAAACCAGCCUCCUUCGUCAUCCAAGUGCUUUAGCUAUGAUGAGAUAUCAAAUGCUACAAAUGACUUUCACCCAGAUAAUAUGGUUGGACAAGGAGGAUACUCAGAAGUUUAUAAAGGUGAUCUAAAAGAUGGACGAACCAUAGCAGUUAAGAGACUAUCGAAAGACAACACUAAUGAGAUUAAACAGAAAGAGUUUCUUAUAGAACUGGGUGUACUAGGCCAUGUCAAUCAUCCCAACACAAUACACUUGAUUGGUUGCUGCAUUGAAAACGGGCUUCAUUUGGUUUUCAAUUUCUCUCCAAAUGGUAGUUUGGAGUCGGCAUUGCACGGUGGAAGCUGCGAUAUUCUCGAUUGGCCAGUUCGGCGCAAGAUUGCCGUUGGAGCGGCUAGAGGCUUGCAUUAUCUACAUAAAGGCUGCAAACAUCGCAUAAUUCAUCGUGAUAUAAAAGCUUCAAAUGUACUUCUUGGGAGCAAUUUUGAACCACAGAUUUCAGAUUUUGGACUUGCAAAAUGGCUUCCUAAGGAUUGGAAUCAUUACUCAGCGAUUCCAGUAGAGGGUACAUUUGGUUACCUAGCACCGGAAUAUUUUAUGCAUGGUAUUGUUGAUGAAAAAACCGACGUUUUUGCCUUUGGAAUUCUUCUGCUGGAGAUUAUAACUGGUCGAAUGCCUGUCGACUCGUCAAAGAAAAAUCUUCUUGCCUGGGCAAGACCACUUAUCGAGUCUGAAGAUAUUGCGGUACUGGCAGAUCCAAAACUUGACGGAAACUAUGACGUCGAUCAAAUGUACAAAUUAGUUCUAAUAGCUUCAUAUUGUGUUCGAAGAUCAUCAUUAUGGCGCCCAUCGAUGGAUGAGGUGUUCCAACUUCUAAUGGAUGACGAGGUACAAUCCGGAGUUGUAAAGAGCUGGGGAAUGUCAGAUUACGUGGUUGACGAGGUUGAUGAUUCCAGUAGCAUCGAUAUCGAUAAACUGUUUCCAGCUAAUCAAAGUUUCUUGGAUGAUUGUUAAGUACGGUGAAAAGUGAAAACCUCAACAGUUUUGUUCCCUUAACUUUAUUUUAUUGGAUUUCUAGUUGUUAGUUAAAAGGAGACAUUCGCUUGAGCUAAAAAAAAGUAAGACUAAAAAAAAGAACUUGCGAAUGCAAGUGAGUAAUUUAUCCUCCUAUUAUGAAUCCUUCAAAUUUUUGGUCAUCUUUGAAUUGCAAUACAUAUGGUUAGGCCAAUAGGCCAUAGAAUUCUUGCUGUAACAACUUGUAAGUUCCUGCGCUUCAGAUUUUGUAAGAGUGAAAUACGUAGAAACUGCCAUUUAAGCCCUGGUUUGGAUUACCUAUAAAAACACUUUGCAACAAACUUCUAUG